AUGGAAGAGUGGGUGUUGUAUAUACCUAGCUGCAAGCCGAGCUCAACCGCCCACCCCUUAUCAGUGGAACUCAACCCUUAUCAGUCGCAAACGGGCGCUCCCGAAAAUGCGAAGCCGUGGGAGUAUCGCAGACUACAAUGGAUAAUGGCGACGUCCGAUACAGUUGCCAAUGAUACCGGGAAUGAGUCCUACGAUGUGUCGAGGGACUAUCCUCAUGUCGACGAAGCUGCUGCGCCAGUCCCGAUCCAAACCCCAGAUGAGAACCUUCCGCGACAAAGUCAAUCUUUAGGACGUACAAGUAGCAGAGGGCAAAAGACACGUCGCCGCACAAGUCAAGCUUCUAGACCAGAUAACGAAUACGAUAUCCCAGACGAUUAUGCCAAUCUAAAUGAACUUGCCACACCGUCGCCGGUAGAGAAUCCCCGCGAAGUUCCGAUAUAUCUGCAUGCACCUUUAGAGGAGGCCAGGAGCGAAGAACAAGGAUACGAACAGGAUCGAAGGGAGCAAGAGCGCCGAAGACGGGACAGUAUUGCGAGAGGGGAGAAGCCACCUAAAGAAGAGAAGAAAGGUGUCAGCGCCAGAGAGGUCUCGAAAUUAGCAACACAAUUCUACACUAUAUCAUAUCUAAUUUUAUUUUCCAUAUUCGGAACACUUGCUAGACUAGGUCUUCAAGUCAUUACAUUCUACCCCGGAGCCCCCAUUAUCUUCAGCGAACUAUGGGCCAAUGUAGGAGGAAGUUUAUUAAUGGGUUUCCUGAGCGAGGAUAGGAUGUUAUUCAAAGAAGAAUGGGGAACCGCUACCUAUCACCAAAAAAUCCAAGAAUGGAAAGCUAAGAUCAAAGAUGAAGAGAACGGCUCUGGUUCAUCAGCCGCGGAACAAAACCCUGGUUUACAAGCCGCUAAAAAAGCACAUGCUGCGACUAAGAAGACCAUUCCUUUAUAUAUAGGUCUCGCGACGGGAUUUUGUGGUAGUUUCACAUCUUUCUCGUCGUUUAUUCGCGAUACGUUUUUGGCGCUCUCGAAUGAUUUGCCGAGUCCCCUGAAUCAUCCGCAGGAUUAUAGUCCGGUGAUGGCAAGUACAACGAGUACUGUGAGUCGUAAUGGAGGAUAUUCAUUUAUGGCCACGUUAGCUGUUAUUAUCACGACUGUUUCGUUGUGCUUGGCGGCGCUAUUUUUUGGUGCUCAUCUUGCUAUUUACUCGGAGCCAUAUACACCGAGCUUAUCAGUUCAUAAGUCGCGCAAGUAUUUUGAUCCUUUUGCGGUAUUCUUAGCAUGGGGUUGUUGGCUUGGUGCUAUUUUCCUGGCCAUCUUUCCACCCGAUAGAAACGAUGCACCGCCAGAGAUAUGGCGCGGUCGCGCCCUCUUCGCCCUUGUAUUCGCACCAAUCGGCUGUCUAGGCCGUUUCUACGCUUCCAUCUAUCUGAACAACAAACUCACCUCCUUUCCUCUCGGAACAUUUGCAGUCAAUAUGUUAGGAACGGCUAUCAUGGGUAUGGCAUAUAAUUUGCAACAUGUUCCAGUGGGAGGAGUCAUAGGUUGCCAGUACGUGGGUAACGGAGUUGAUCUCGUUGAGGAGGAGGCAUGCUUAUAG